CAUCCUCUUCUGCUUGUCAGUUUCACCCAUGUCAUCCGAGGAAAGCGAGGAGAACCACGUGGCGCCUGAUGGCAAAGCGUUGGAGCAGCAGAACGUGAUCAGUCGGGUCGCCAGCCUUCCGCUGGUGAGCUCCACCUGCCAGAUGGUCUCCUCGGCCUACGCCACCACCAAGGAGACACAUCCCUACCUGAAGUCCGUCUGCGAUGUGGCGGAGAAAGGCGUGAAGACCCUCACGGCAGCAGCCCUGUGCGGUGCCCAGCCUCUCGUGACCAGACUGGAGCCUCAGAUUGCAACAGCCAGUGUGUAUGCAUGCAAGGGGUUGGAUAAACUGGAGGAGAAGCUUCCCAUUCUGCAGCAGCCGUCUGAGAAGGUUGUAGCAGACACCAAAGAAUUAGUGUCCAGCAAAGUCACCGGAGCCCGAGAUGCCGUUUCCAGCACCGUCAGUGGGGCAAAGGAUGCUGUGUCCAGUGGAGUGAGCGAGGUGGUGGACAUGGCCAAGGGGGCUGUCCAGGGCAGCAUGGAGUUGACUCGGUCAGUCGUGGCAGGUGGUGUGAACACCGUUAUGGGGUCCAGAGUGGGCGAGAUGGUUGUCACCAGUAUGGAUACAAUGCUGGGGAAGUCCGAAGAAUUGGUGGACUACUAUCUUCCGAUGACGGAUCAAGAGCUCGCUGAACUGGCCACCUCGGUGGAGGGCUUCGAAAUAGCCACGGUGGAGCAGCAGAAGGAGCAGAAGAGCUACUUCGUGCGCCUGGGAUCCUUGUCGAGUAAGGUUCGCCACCGGGCCUUCCAGCACUCCCUGGCCAAGUUGAAAAGCGCCAAGCGGGGCACCCAUGAUGCCCUCUCCCAGCUCCACCAGACCUUAGUACUGAUUGAACACGUCAAACAGGGGGUGGACCAGACCCUGCAGAAUGGCCAGGAGAAGCUCCAUCAGAUGUGGGUGGUGUGGACCCAGAAGCAUCCUGGGGACCACAAGCAGUUGGACUCCUCAGUGCAGCCAGAGGUCGAGUCCCGGACGCUGUCCAUGUUUCGUGGACUGAUCCAACAGGUGCAGCUUUCCUACUUAACCUUGGUGUCCCACCUGCAAGGCCUCCCUACCAGCAUCCAAGACAAAGCCAAGCUAGUCUGGCAAACCGUGGAAAGUCUCCAUUCGUCCUUCUCGACAGCCCAUUCCUUCCAGGAGGUGCCCACCGCAGUCUUGGCUCAGAGCUGCAGCCGGAUCAACAAGGCCCGGGGCUCGGUGGACGAGAUAGUGGACUACGUGGUACAAAACGUUCCUCUCCCGUGGGUGGUGGGGCCUUUUGCUCCCAACUUGGUGGAAGUCCCUUACGCAUGCAGCAUCAAUUGCAUGGAGGAAUGGGAAGGCCGCCGACGCCAGUUCAUGGCAGAGCCCAGGAAGGAAGGAAGGAAGCAGAAGGAAGAUCCUUAGAGCAUUGAAGGACACGAGGUUCAAGAACGGCUCCCACGAACUCUUAGAGUUGUCUUGCAAAAGGCUGGAGAGAUGAAAGACCAGGGUUCGAGCAGAGCCACAGCACCCAGACAACACCACGAACACAGAUUUCAGAUUAAUUGCCUUAUCUGCUCUCCAUUGUGCCUUUCAGAACUGUGUUUUUCAGCCUUGACUGCUUUAAGACG